UGGGAGGAAAUAGGUGAAGUGGCUUAUUUUCCUGUUGAUAAUAUUGUGUAAUUUAUCCUAAAUCCUGCUUAACCCAAUUGAAUUAUACAGUAUUUAUGUGUCUGCUAGUGUAAGGAUAGAUACCAUGUUGUAUGUAGAUAAAGGUUAGACAGGACCUAUGCUGUUCCUGCCAUGGUUGACCGGUCUCCCCAUGGUCUGUCCCGUAUCCCUGUCCCUGUUAAAUCCACAAAUGUUGUGCAAAAUGGAUCCUUGGAAUUAAACAUCUCCGAUCAAAAUGUCAAUGGAAACUUAGAAUCUAAUUUUGAAGUAGAAAAUGGGAACACCUCUAAGGAGGAAAAUGGGAAGAAAGAUAAAGGAUUUGAGACAUUUCUUAUGACAGGGGAUAUGAUCAUUAGAACUACUGCAUCACCAAAAACGAGACGAGAUGCAUCAAGUAGAAAUGCUUCUGACAGUUCGGAUUCUUGUGUUGCCGCUGACAUGGAUGCUCCAUCUCACUACACUAAUGAUUUAACUGAGGAUUCUCCAAAGUUAGAUAAAAAAUAUCAGAGGUCAGCAGAAUCAGGUUUCGAAGAUCAGGGACAGUUGUCUGCUUCCAGUACCCUUGAACUGCAAAGUUCUAGUAAAAACAGUGAAACAAAAAGUGCUCCUUCAUUGUCAAAUACUGGUUGUGAUGUAAUGAGUCAAUCACAGUCAUCUGCAGCUAGCAGUACUAUAUCAUCGGUAUCGUCAGACAUGAAGUCGGACAUUUCUGAACAAACUGUUAUACUCAAUGAAGGUGAUUCAGGGUUAAUUUCACCUCAUGAAGAAGAUGGAAAAGGUCAGGAAAAUUUAAAUGAUAAUAUGAAAUUCAUUGAUAAUGAAAAUUCAGAUGAUAGUAGUUCACCGACACCUGUAAAAGUUGAGAAAUCAGAAAAAUCAAAAAUAGUGACUAGCAAAAGUGCUGAAAAAAUUGUAAUGGACAAGUCUAGUCAUCAGCAGUAUGUAAGACCAAGCAAAAGUCAAGAACUAAAAUCUGAUGGGGAAUUUGCUAUAGUAGAUAUUGACAUUGAUGAUAAUAUGGCUUAUUCCUUAGAUCAGAUACCUCAACGUGGCUCACAACCAAUAGAAACAAUAAUAGAUGAUCAAGUAUCCAGGAGUCUACAUAACUCACCAGAACAUCGCAGUAGUGACAAAGCAUUUAUUCCUGGAUUUAUUAGCAUUGAUAUGAAAAAAGGUAGAGGAGUACAGAAUGAUGAUUUUGCCUUAAAAACAGACGAUUUGAAUGAAUAUAAUAAUUCACAGUGGCCAUCUGAACAUUAUAAUGGUUCUCCACAUGAUAUAUCUAACCAAUCCCCUGAUAGUAGUAUAUCAUCUAAUCGUUCAGAUAGAGACUCAUUUGAUCCUUCACGGGAUCCUAACUUAUUGGAAUAUCAACCACCUUAUACAAGUGUUGAUAGACCAUCAGCACAAAGACUGGCCAAAAGGUUGUAUCAGUUGGACGGCUUCAGAAAAUCUGAUGUCUCCAGACAUCUGAGUAAAAAAAAUGACUUUAGUACUUUGGUUGCAGAAGAGUAUUUAAAACUUUUCUCCUUUGAGGAUCGUACAUUAGACUAUGCUUUAAGAGAAUUUUUACAGCAGUUUUGUUUAUCUGGAGAAACUCAGGAACGAGAAAGAGUGCUGGCACAUUUCUCCAGACGAUAUUGUGAAUGUAAUACAGGAAUUUAUAAUUCAGAAGAUUCCUGUCAUACUUUAACAUGUGCAAUAAUGUUACUGAACACAGAUCUACAUGGCUCAAAUAUAGGAAAAAGGAUGACAUGUUCAGAAUUUAUUGACAAUCUAGCAGAAUUAAACGAUGGGGAAAAUUUCCCUAAAGAAUUACUUAAGACUCUGUACCAAAAUAUAAAGCAUGAACCAUUUGAGUGGGCUUUAGACUACCCAGAAGAAGAGACUAAUCAUGUGGAAGAAAAGAUGGCCCCUGUGUCAGCUACCAUGCCACAAAGUGCCAUAGGACAUAAUCCAUAUUUAGAUGUACCAGAUCCAAACCGUGCUACUGAAUUUAAACAUGGAUACGUCAUGAGAAAAUGUUGCAAAGAACCUGAUAAAAAGAAAACUCCUUUGGGUAAGAGAGGGUGGAAGAUGUUUUAUGCCAGUUUACAAGACAUGGUUUUAUACCUUUAUAAAGACCAACAUAUGAUGAAAAAAGGACAGCUACCUGAAGGUACCCAGAAUGCCAUACGUGUCCACCAUAGCCUUGCAGUGAGAGCUGCUGAUUAUACCAAAAAACAACAUGUAUUUCGAUUACAGACAGCUGACUGGGCAAUAUUUCUAUUUCAAACAAGCGACAGUAAAGAACUCCAGGAUUGGAUUGACACCAUUAACUUUGUAUCAGCUACAUUAUCUGCCCCUGCCUUAUCUGGUGGUGUUGGCUCACAGAGAAAAUUUCAACGGCCAUUACUGCCUGCGACUUACACAAGAUUUAACUUGCGAGAGCAGCUUGCAAAACAUACAGAGAAAACAGAAGAACUAGAGCAAGAAUUAAAGGAUCAUAGGCAGUACCCCCCAGAUAAAAGUGCUAAGGCCAGAAUUAUUGCAGAUUAUAUGGAAAAAGAAAGCUUUUUAGAAUAUGAGUUAAAGAGAUAUAAAACCUAUGUAUACCUUAUACAUUCACGGUUAUCUUCAUAUCCAGAACUAGAGCCUUCAUUAGUGGAAACUGUGAUAGGAGAGGAUGAUGAAACUGUCACGGUUGGCCGACCACCACGUCAACAUCCUGUCCAACGCAGUCUCUCAGAUAGAACAGAAAACCUAACAGUGAUCGGUACACUAGUGUAAAUACUUGGUAUGAUAUAUUUUUAGAAUGAUACACAGUAAAACUGUGUGUUUGUGUGUCUGCUUGGGAUUUAUAUGACAGGUGUAUUCUGGCAUGAAAUGAUGGAAUGCUAGUCUGUGAUGGGAACCUAAUGCAUUGUAAUUUGAACAUUUGAUGAGUUACCAAUAACUUCUAUUCACCCCUUUCCUAAACUUUGCACCAUAGGAGAUUUAAAUGGACUUAUUCUUUUAAGUUUCCAAUUUUAUUGCUUAUCAGGCUUUAUUUUUUAGUUGUAUGGCCAGAUCACAAAUGUUUUAAAUCACAAUCACAUGUAGAAAAAAUAUGUUUGAAAAGAAAUAAAUGUGAACUAUAAAAAUGAAUUAGGGGCCAAAAGUACUAAUAUUGUUCUCUUUGUUUGUAAAGAUGUUUCUGUAUCAAACAACAUAUUUAAGUGUUUAAAAUGUUUUUGUUCAUUUUUUAACAACACUUGUGUGCCAAUGAACAGUAUAUUGGGGCUAUGUAAUUACAAAUGAUCUGGUUUUGUCAGGGGUUAUUUAUAUGAUUUUUGUUCUUUCUCUUACGGUUGAAUUGCAGCAGGGUGCCAUAUUAAUUUAGACAUUUUAUUUUUUACUAGUCAACUUUUUUUUUUAAUUUAAUAUAUAUUUGUCAAUUGGAAGGAAUCUCAAAGAUUUCAGACUUUUAUGUUUCUGCUUUGAUAAUGACUUAUGUAUGAAUAAGCUGCUUUAACAUUAGUGCUUUUUAUUAUGUAUUGGCCAAACAUUUUCUAGUUAACUGUGCUAUAUGGAUUUUUUUGGGCGAUAUACCAUUGUUAUAUAAAUAUGAUUUUUUAACUCUUUGUCUCAUGCUUUGAAUCCUAUUUUUAACAUUAUAUGGUAAUAUAUUCAAAAUGGUGGAAGGAUCCUGAUAUUUUUAAGUAAACAUGUCUCGAGGAUGUUUUAUUUAUGUACUCAGUGUUUUUGCAACUAGUCAGAUCUUUCUAACUAUGAAUUAAAGUAUUUUAAAACAGCUAAUAACUAUUGAAAUUUAUAUACACAAGGAAGCAGGGUUAAUAAUGAUUAUUAUAUUAAUAAAUCAAAUAAGAUAUGUUGGACAGACAUUAAGUUGAGGAACCUUUCCAGUAACAACUAAAUUGUUGAUAGAUGUAAAACAAAAGUAAAAGGCUGGUUUAAUCAUAUCUAAAUUGAACUGAGAGUCACAAAUUCAAUUCAGAUUAUAUACGUUAAAUCAAUAAAAAAAUAAUAUAUGUUUAGUUUUAACAUUAGUUUUACGUUACUUUAGUGUUAGUUUCAUCAGGUUGUACUGCUUGAGAAUAGGAGGUCAUGAAUCAUACUUCGAAACUAUUUUAUUAUAGCUUAUUUAAUUUGCUAAUCAGAUAAUUGUGGAUUCUUGAUGAUUUUUUUUAAUGAAAAUUCAUCAAAAAGCUGAUUGGUUUAUAAUGUGGAAAUAAAUAACUAUUUUCAGUUUGUUAUAAGAACGAUAAAUUCCACAGAUUCUGAUAUGGUAAAUUCUGAUGUAAAUAUACAUGUAUGUGCUCAUUUUUAUGUGAAAAGGGUCUGCUGAUUAUUUGUCUCAUAUAUUUUGUUUUAAGUCUCAGUUUAUGUCUCACCUUGAUGAAGUCACAGAGGUAUUAUCUAUGAAAUGAAAAAUGUUAUAAAAAAGGCGAUGUUUUAUUUUAGGACAUGUACACAUUUUGUUCUACUUUUUAGUGUUUUAAUUUUGAAAUAAUUUGAUUUUAUGGCAAAAUUGGCACCAAACCAUACCAUCUCCUUUUCAGUCUUAAGAUUUGUGACAACAAAUUGUCAAUAAAUUAUGAUAUUAUGAAAGAAGAUAUCUGUUUAAGAGAUGACAAAUUGUCAAUCUCUCAGGCCAAAAUACUUUUUGAUUUAUGUUACUAAAUAACUUUUAUGAUUACAUAUAAAUAAACAAUACUAUUAUUUCUUUAUGAAAUAAUCAAACUACGUACUCUUAGAAGUAUACCAAAAAUAAGGCAAAUUGUUCUAAAUUUAUAAAUCAAAAGUAUGGUAUGCCUAUUUAACAUUUUGUUCUUGUUAUUCAAAUUGCACCCAAUUGGUUGUUUUAUGGUGAGUAAUAAGUAUAACUUCUUACAUUAAGUCUGUUCAUUUCCAAUAGCCUUCCAACUUGGAUUUCUAAAAACAAACAAGUUCAGAGAGGACUCAAAUUAUAUGUUGAUAUUUUUGGUUAUUUGAAAUCAUUUUUGUUGCUGAAAUCCAAGCCUAAUUUUGUGUAUCAACAAUAUUAGAAUGAUGGGGUACCACUUCAGUAUUAUUUUUCGCAGUUAUCUUUUGUUUCUUUUGAGUGAAUGGAUUUCCCCCCUUUUUGCAUGAUUAUCUUUAUCUUAACAAUCUUUUGUAGUUGACAAAUAUUUCCACCAUUUUGUUUCUAAACUGUUGCAUGGUUGCUAUGGACUGGAAUAUGACUGUCUCUCCUAAAUCUAUCUUUGGUGAGAUGGCAUACAUUGCCCUUAUUCAUAAUUUUUUUUUUAUGGAUUUUAAUCAAAAACCGAGAGAAAAAGAAUUGAAAUGACUGUCUGAUGUAAUGUGUUUCAGAAACUUUAAAUAGAAAGGAAUAUUGAUAACAUUUAUACCUAAACAUUUCACUUGACCAAUGGUCAUAACACAUACAUUUUGUUUACUUCUUUUUAACAUGUUUUUUCAACAUGACUGUCCCUCUGGUAUCUGGUGACUGUUCCUCUGGUUUUUUGUCCCUCUUUUAAGCAUGAUAUUUUAAGAUAUCUUUUUAUCUAAUAUUUCUGCAUGUUUUAGAUACAAAUUAAAAUUUGAUUAUGUUUGAUGCAUGAUAAAUAACCUGUAGAAUCACUCAAUCAAUGUAAGGACUUUAAAAGUAAUUUUCAAUUUUAAAACCAUUCUUCAUUUAACCUAAAACAAAGUUUUUAACAUCAAAAUAACACUUGUUCAAGCUGAAGAACCAAGCAAAUAAGUACAGUAUUAGAUAUUGAAAACAGAUCAAAUUAAACUAAUCUCUGGUAAAGGAGAAUUUAUUCUAAAUGUUGUCCUUUAUGCAUAAGUUCAAAAUAGGUCAAGCAAUGCAUUGUAAUACAAUGUUAUUGUAAACAAUGUGUUCAGAAUUUAAGAUUUUAUUGCUACUUUUAAUAUAUUCACAUAAAUAUUAUAAUAAUGAUUUCCACAUAGUUGAGGCAAAAAGAUGGAGAAAGAAAUAUUAGUAUUAUAUAUAUUAAAAUUCAUCUUUUAAUAAACAGAAACAAAAAAAAUAAUAAACCAAAUACAAAUUUUAACUUUUCUCUGUUUCUUCCACAGAGUUGAAUCAACUACGCCAAGGAACUUUGAUGAUUAUAUCAGUCAGGAAAAUGCUGUUACUUAUUUGUAAACAUGUCGUCUGGUGAUGUUUUUUGUGUUGUCUGGUAUCCAACAUUUCAGAGAAAAUAUGGAAUUCUGGGAAUUUAUGGCUAUCUGACAUAAUAUCUUGCAUAGUUUGAGAAAAUUGUAGCAAACUGUUUCUUUUUAAAUGGCUAAAAUUAUUGUUAACAUGUUUUUUUACUCAGGUGCUGUGCCAUAUUACAAUCAAAUUGUUGAAAUUCGAAAUUUUAAAUAUCUUUAUCCCAGAAAAAAAGAAAGUGGUUUUAGUUCCUAUACAGUGUUUUCUUUUAUAUUUAUUAAACUUUGUGCUUAAUACAUUUUGAAUAUUUUUCAUUCCAUAUAAAAUAUUUUAAGAAAGCUUUAUCACAAGUAUUAGUAGUGUAUUUAUAAGGGCAUAGACUUCGAAUGCACUAUAGUAUAGCUGUUUUGUCACUGGAAUGUUGUGUUUGUUUUGAGGGGUAUGGGUCCAAUAUAAGAGACUACCGGUAAAUUUACGAAGCUCAAUUAUCAAGUUCAAUAUCAAUUUCUUUUCCACAGAGAGGUAAUGAUUUGAUAAUUGAAUCUCAGUCCAUUUUGAUGAGUUGAAAAAGUUUAAGGUUGUAAGUUGUGAAUUCAAAUGUAACUUUGAAGUUUCCGGAUAUAAAUAUUUUUCUGCAUUUUUAAAAAAAUUUCUUGACUGUACUUUGAAACAAUAUUUGAAUAAUAAUUCAUACUUUUUUUUAUUAUAGGUACGAUUUACAGUUAGAAAACUGUUAAUUGAAUUUAUGUUUUCCUUACAAUGAAAUGAUCAAAUGUCGAUCUGAUUUCUUUACUGAGAAAUAAAAAAAAAUACAAAUUGAAAUAAUUUGAUAGAUUAUUGAUUUAAUUAAAAGGGACCAGAGAUUACUCAAUGUCAUUGGACUGAAGUUUCCUUCUAUAGAUAUGUUAGAUCUGAAAUAUGAUGCCCACGAAAUCCCAUAUCGAUACAAAUCCUUUUAAUUGUAAUCAAUCCAUAACUAAACCUUCCUUUUCCCUGUCAGUUUACUUUUAAUCAAAAAUAUUUUAUGUUAAUGCAGCUUGUCCUAUUGUUUUUGUAUUCAUUGUGCAAUAUUCUACGAUUGUGAUUUUAUUUAUAUUCUUGUAAAUAAAUUGUAUUUUAUGUAAAAAAAAGAUGGCCAAAAUCCUCUCGUGUUGACAAAGAACUGAGGAGGAUAAGCAAUACUAACUGUUUGUACAUAAUUUCCAUAUAAUUUCAUAUCAAGUAGAACCUUUUAUUUACAUUGUUUCUGUUCAUAUACUAUAUAACCAGUAAGUCAAGUGCACAAUUUAUCGAUUAUUAUUUUUCAUGUUUCAAUACAAAUAUAACACUUAUGUUUUUCUACUAACUUGUAUAACAGAGAAAUCAUUACCAUUUUGUCAUUGUAGACGCUAGCAGAAUCAAUGGGUUUGAAAUUUAUAUGGCCUUAAGACUAUUGAUUCCAUAAUACUUCCUGACCAUUUCUAACAGUUUCUGAAAGUGAAAAAGUUUUUGCUAGAUGACAAAGUAAUUGUUUUCCCUAAAGCUCUAGCUAUUCAAUGGUGGAUAAAUAAUGUGGGCUAAUAAGGUCAUGCAUUUGUGAACCACAUGGCCAGGAAAUGUAAAACUGAAGUUUAUUCUCUGCUGAUUGGAAUUUUUUAAAAAGCUAGUGUCUUUCUUACUUGUUAGCCAUUCACCAUUCUGGUCCCCAUAUGACUGAUUAAAAAGUUUUGGUAGAAAAAUAAAAAAAAACUUUUUACUAUUGAAUGAACUUAAAGUGGCAAGUAGUAUUUCCCUUUGUUUCCACUGUAGAUUGACUUGUUUAUUACUGGUAAAGAUUGCAAGAUGUAGUUGUACUAAGUCAUUUGUAGCAGUUCUUAAAUUGUUUGGAGACAUUCCAUUUUAAAUCUUUAUAUAAUGGUUUUAAUGUAAAAUGAUAUGUGUUAUUCAAAGUAUUAAAGGGAUAGCUCUGUGACAUUUUUAUAUAGUCAGAAAACAGAAUGAUCAAUAUAAUGGUAGAUUUUCCUCUUUAUAAAGUUUAUAGGCUGUAGCAUGAUUUAUACAUAAUAGAAAGGGGGUAGCAAGUAAUUUGAUUGAGAGAGAGAGGAUGUAGAAAAAAGUUAGCAAAUGUAGGGAAAAACAAUUAUUUUUUACUAAUUUCUUAAAAUCAUGACAUGUUAGGAAACAAAUAGAUUUUAUAAUGAGUGUUUAAAAAAAGAGAAUUCUUUAUAGAAAUUAUUGAAAGCCAAGACAAGAUUCUCAUUCUACCUUCUUUGAACAAAUUGUGUGAUUGGCUUAAUUUUAAAUUUUCAAAUGAGAAAAUCAAUAUGAGUGUUAAAUUAUUUUUUUUACUUUAGAGUUAUAAUACAUAAGAAGCAUGGUCACCAUGACAACCUAGUAUUAUGUCAUGAAAGGUAAUAUUUUUGUUAUUUGUGCAGUAUGUCAGUUUUCAUGCAGGUUGCUUCUAUUUAUACACAUAAAAAACAGAAACAUUUUCAAUUUGGGAGGUAUAUUCACUAUUUUCUCAAAAUACAUAAUACUUUGUUAUUACAUUUCAGGUAUUGUCUUCUGUAGUAUAUAUAAGACAAUUACUUUAAAACUUAAACAUGUAUUGCUAUAUUUCUAUCUAAUUAUUAACUUUGAAACGGAUUUUUUUUGGUAAAUUUUCAUUCUGUUUUCUUGAUUUUUAGUUUCUUCAAAUUGUGCCAUUUGUUUAUAUAAUAUAUACCACUUUCCAUCAUGUAAUAUUUUUUUAAUUGUGUUUUCAAAUAUUUUAUAUGAAGGAUGAUUAAUGAGUAUAUUUCACAUUUAUUUGCUUUUGUUCAGGUUGAGCACAGAACCAUGUUUAUUCAUACAUUGUAUUUCAUUAUACUUACCAACAUAUACGCCCAAUUAGGAAAGAUUCAAUAGAUACGAUUUAUCCAUCACUGGAUUAUUUUCAAUGAUCCAAUUUCUAUGAACUUUUCUGAUAAUGCUCAUCAUAAUGUUAUGGGAUCAGGGUAUGCUCUAUCCAAAUCUGUCACUUUAACUGUACUGCAAAGUGUUUUAAUGCAAUAUAUCUGUUUUUUAUCUUAAAUGCUGUUUUGGUAUGUUACAGUACUAUUUUGUUUAUGCUUCGUCAAACACUUAGAUUAUGUGCUAGUUUUAUUUUGUGUGUCAUUAAAUUAAUACCAGUUUUG